GACCCCGUGGUGCUCCGCAGCCCCGAUACGGUGUUCGGGAUGACGUUGCCACGCAAAGUCCCCCUCCAGUCUUGAAGCCCGCGGCGAUGAUUGUUGCCUCCCCGCUCGCCUAUCCUAUCCUAACAACCAACCUUCGGCUUUCUUCUGUCCAUUCUAGAUUCAGAUUCACGCCCGGUGUAUUUCCACAGUUUAUGCACCUGUCCUGAAAUCCUAUCCCAUCUUUCAAUCCCCCCCCACCCCUUCAUACCUAAUUUCUUGACGACAUGGUUCGGAAGGAUCCUAUAUUUGAAGCUCGUACCAAUGUCAAGCUACAUUCCAAUCGAUUGAAAAAGGAGGCCGCCCGUGCCGAAGCAACGUUCAAAUCCGAAAAGUCGAAGGCCGACAAAGCCAUGAAAAAUCGAGAAUUUCAAAUUGCUCGUAUCCAUGCGGCGUCUGCUGUACGUGAGAAACGGAGACAGGUGACUCUUAGAGCAGAAGCCGCUCGAGCGGACGUCAUCAUCAAUGAACUGAAGGCGGCGCAGAGCACUCGCGACACAUCUCGUACUCUAGCACUGGCAUCGCGGGGCUUGGACGCCGCUUCAAGAAGCGUGAACCUUGAGACCCUGGUCUCCCAUGCAAACAACUUUCUGGCGCGCUCCGAGGACUUCAAAAUCGCUAGCAAUGCGAUCGAAGAUGUCGCGCAGGGCGUCUCCAUGCAGGAAUACGGGGCGGAGGGCGAAACUGAGGUCGAUCGUUUGAUGGAACAGCUUGCCGAUGAUGCUGGUGUUGACCUGCGGGUGGCGCUGGAUCAGGAUACUGCCCCUAAAGAGGAUGUUAAGGAGCAGAAACAGGCUGAUUCUGAACUCGAGGAUGGGUUGGGUGCUAGGCUGCGAGCUCUUAGAGCUGCCAGCUAAGUUCUAUCCUAUUUGCCUUAUCUUCCUCUUUGUAGACGAUUUGCUGGAGUAAUAAAUCCUCCUUUGGGAAAGCUUGGUUGAUGUUCGCCUAUACUCCAAAAGCAGCCCAGUGAAUACCCUGUGUCUGGCUACUCCCUGGGCAUUUACGAUGUUAUGCCCUCACCUCUUCGUGUUUCUUGUGACCUUUAUCCUUCUACUGCGGUCUUUGCCCCCCUCCCCACGUCGUAGACUUUUACUCCU